AUGGAGCCAGGCCAAACAGCUCGCGCCCUCUACGUCGCCAUCGAAAACCUGUUCCAGGUGAACCGCGCGCCACGUGCCAUCUUCCUAAGUCACGAGUUUCACUCGAUGACCCAAGGGGACUCGUCCAUCGAUGACUACUGCCAGUGCAUGAAGACCGCCGCCGACACCCUCCGCGACAUCGGCCACCUGGUGCUAGAGCCCACCCUCAUCCUCAACAUUCUGCGGGGCCUCAACAAGCGCUACUCCACCUGCGGUGACAAUAUUGCUGCGUUGCCUGUUCUCACCUUCGCUAGUGCCCGCAAUCAGCUCAUCCUAAAGGAGUUGCGAUUGGCUAAUGAAGACCAAGUCUCAGCAUCGACGGCUCUCCUCGCAGCCGGACCUUCUUCCUCGUCCUGCCCUGCCUCUGGUUGCCGUAACACAACUUCCUCCUCUACAUCUGCGGGUGGGCAACAGCAGCAUGGCAACGCCGGCAGCGGGCAGCGCUCACGGCACAACAAACGCAGUGGCAACCCUGCCGCUGGGCAAUCAUCUGCUCCACGGCCUACCACCCCCACUGGUUCUUGGGUGUGCAUUAACCCCUGGGCCUUGCAACAGGGUGGUGCUCAGCAAGCCGACGGCUCUAGCUGGUGGGUACCUCUUCCACAGCAGUAG